ACUCCCCAGAAGAUGUUUUGAAAUAUUUAUAUAUGCCUCAUUCGAAGAGAAAUAAGCAGAAAUGAGAAAUUAGUCGUUCUCGAGCUUUGGGAGUAUAAAGAUCAAAUUAAAAAAAGUUUUCUGUUUUACUUAAACAAUUUCAUAUUUAUGUUUUUACCGAGAACUGUUUCUCAAUUAAUUGAAAAUUGUGAAAAGUAUUUUCCAUUUGAUUGAAAAUCAGCGAAUGAUUCAAAGUUCUUGAAAAUAAAUUAGUGUGUUUAUUGUAUAAAAUAAACUUCGCCAUAUCGCGUUCAUUGCACCGCGUGUGUGUGAAUUAUUCAUUCGCUGAAAACGAAGAGAAGCUGUGAGUGCGGAAUCAAGUUUUGGGCAUUGGACCUCAAUGGUCUCUGAAGGAAACAUUCCAAAAGUCAUUAACAUUUGACCCAGAAAGAAGAAGAAUUUGGCAGCAAGAUUGGCAGAAGAAUGGACUGUUUUACAUCACCAUGUGCAAGUUUAAGUACAGGGGCUGCAAAUCAAUUUUUUGCCCUUCUCAUGAACUACAUAAGUCAAUCUACAUGCUCUCUUUCCCCACCAGAGCGAUGGCCCGCUGAUUAUGGAGAUAUUGCAAUGAGAAAAGGCUUUGGAGAGUAUGAUUUUAUUAUUGUUGGAGCAGGUUCAGCUGGUUCGGUUCUAGCAAAUCGUCUCAGUGAAAAUCCAAAAUGGAAAAUUCUUGUGCUUGAAGCAGGAGGUGAUCCUCCGAUUGAAUCAUCUAUACCACUACUGGCUGCAACAUUACAUAAAACCCAGUAUGAUUGGCAGUACUACAUUGAACCAACGGAGAGGUACAGUAGAUUCUCAAAUGGCUGGCCACGAGGGAAAAUGCUCGGUGGUUCUAGUUCAAUGAACAUGAUGGCCUAUGUGAGGGGCAAUGAAGAUGAUUACAACAGAUGGGAAGCACUGGGGAACCCAACAUGGGGCUUUGAGAAUGUCUUGGAGCACUUUAAGAAGUCCGAAUGGAAUCGUAAUCCCGAAAUAGCAAAUGCCUACGGUGGGUACUACCACUCAACACACGGUCUGCUUUCCGUUGAGCUCUACAACAACAACAGCACAAUGAAUGGUGAUAUUGUUGAAGCUGCCAAGGAAAUGGGAUAUCCUUUUGUGGAGGAUAUCAAUGCUGUGAAUCACAUUGGAUUCACAUAUCUUCAAGCUACCAUUGACGAUGGUGUUCGGGCUAGUACAGCUGCUGCGUUCUUAGUUCCUGCCAAAGAUAGACCAAAUCUGCAUAUAGUCAAACACGCGCAUGUACUAAAUUUGGAGAUUGAUAGCAAUGGGGUUGUUUCAGGGGUAAGGAUGCUCCUUCGGGGACAAAAGGAACUUAAAGCUUACGCCAGAAAGGAAGUCAUUGUAAGUGGAGGGACUGUGAAUUCCCCACAAAUUCUCAUGCUGUCCGGAAUAGGCCCAGCUGAGCAUCUAACCGAAAUGGGAUUGCCAGUUAUAAGAGAUCUACAAGUUGGGAAAAAUCUUCAAGAUCAUCCAGCAGUUCUUCUGUUCUUUACCCUCGAUCCAGACGCACCGGCUGUUUCACCUGCAGACACCUUGAGGGAUUUCUUUGAAUACCUAACACACCACAAUGGACCAUUUGCCACAAUUGGAACGGGGCAGACGACAGGAUUUGUUAAUGUUAACGACCCCCUAGGACCAUAUCCUAACUUCCAAAAUGUCCAUUUAUUCUUUCAAAAAGGACAGAGCAAUGAUGCAGCAGGUUUCCUCCGAUCCACGGGAUAUAUUCCUGAAUUUAUAGAAACAAUUGCAACUGAAGUUGCAAAGUCAAGCAUUCUCGUUGUACUCCUUCCGCAUCUACAGGAAGCAUCUAGGGGUGAAAUUCUUCUACGAAGUGCUGACCCCACAGAAAAACCCCGCAUCUACCCUAACUACUUGGCAGAAGAUUCGGAUAUUGAGGACUUUAUAAAGGCUAUUCGGUUAUACCUCAAAUUCUUGCAAACUACCUCCUAUAGAUCCCAUCAAAUGACUUUCCUCCAACUCUCUUUGCCUGAUUGCGAUGGUUUAGUCUUUGAUACUGAUGAAUACUGGAUCUGCUAUAUUCGAUACUUAACUACGACAUUUUCUCAUCCUAUUGGGACAUGUAGAAUGGGUCCUGACUCCGAUCCAAACGCCGUUGUUGAUUCUAGAUUGAGAGUUAGGGGAACUAAGGGGUUGCGUGUUAUUGAUGCUAGUAUUAUGCCUAAUGUUACGCGAGGAAAUACAAAUGCUCCAACAAUUAUGAUUGGGGAGAAAGGAGCUGAUUUUAUUAAGAAAGAUUGGGGUUUUAAUUGAGCACAAGAGCUCCAAUGAAAAGAAGCAAUUCCUUAAGAUUUUGAGGACAAAUAUCUCUUAUUUGUUAUUGAAUAGAUGGAAGAGGUUUUUUUUAAUGAAAUAAAAUGACGAUUCGAAAGCUCAGUAAA